AUUUGAUCACUCAUUCUCAACUACCGCAAGUGCAAAUACUCACUACCACACUCAAAGUGCCUUCCUCCAGCUAAACGCAACGGAAUUGCCUCCAAAGCAAAUGGGCACGAUCAAUGCGAUCAUACCGUGUUCGUAGCUCGUAACAUAAGCGACUCGUUUUUAAAGUUGUAGCUUCGUUGCGGAAAGUGCUCGCUGACUUAAGAUACAACAAAAAUAGUUAUCUUUAAGAUAUACUAUUAACACCAACAACACCAUCGAAGAUAUAGAUAUGCGAAGAAAAUGAAUUAAAUAACAUAAAUACAGUUUAGUUUAGAAACUUAACAAGUGAAGCGAAAGAAAAAUGCAAAUAAUGUUUAACUAAAAACAGUGAGUUUUGAAAUAAAUAUUGUGCAAGCUCAGUAAAAAUAGUAUAUAGAAAUCAACAGUAAAUCUAAUUAGAAAAUUACAAAAAAACUGUAAUCAUUUGUGAAACGCACAGGAAAAAUGACAUACAAUUGUUAAAGAAAAAUACCAGAGCAACAGGAAUUUGCCCUCAAACAAAUAUACAGCAGCACGAGAAAACGUACCGAUCAGUGCACAAUUGUAUACAUACCUACACACACAUACAUAUUUUUAAAAUGAAAAAAUAAUAAAUAAUUAAUUUUUUAUGGAAUGGAAUGCAGCAACAGAGAUAGCGCUAGCUGCCGACGCCUGGGGGCCGUGCGCGUAAACGAGAUGCCGACAAGUUGGAGCAGCACACGAAUUCAAUUUUGAAACGAUCCAACAGUGAACAGUGAACAUCGUCGUACAAGAAACAAAAACGCUAAGCACGCGCGCGCGCAGUUAGGGAGAACGAAAGUAUGGUGUCCAUGCAUGCCUAGGUUAGUGUGUUUAUAUGAGAGAGUGAGAGACGCUCAACGCUUGUUGAACCAGCGCGUACAUAGCGCGGCAAAGUAACGCGAAAUCGACGCGAUCAACGUGGAGCGCAACCAACCGACUGCGUUAGUGUGUGAGCGCGUUUCAUAUUGCGCGCCGUGUAGCAACGCGCAGAGCGCGCCACCAAAAUAACGCCUCAACCGCCCGCGCCUAUUACACACACAACCACACAUGCACAUUUGCUCUACUGGCACCAAACAACCAUCAGCAGCCAGCAGUCAGCACCGAGCAGCCAUCGUGGCUAAAUUACAUACAGCUAUCUAGCCGCCAGUCAGCUAUAGCUAGAUAGCGCGCUAACGCCCGCAACGCCAUCUAACUGCUUGUACAUACACACAUGCACUAUAGCGAGUAGAGCGAACGCGCCUUUACUCUGAUUAGUAGCGUUUGGAGUGAGCGCGUCGUGUACAAGGCGAGGAAUUUUUGUGCGCGACUCACGUAUUUAAAUAAAUUAAUAUAUUUAUCUAGUGUGCAGUAGAUAUUUAUAUAUAUGCGUUUUGUUUUGAUUAUGUAGCGCUGUGUAUCUAACGGAUGGUGUGUUACAUUCACAAUUUGCAUAUCUACCAUACAUACAUAUGUACAUAUACAUACAUAUUUACAAGAGUACAUGUCAUUUAGCGAUACGCGCGUGUCUUGAGUGAACGAUUUAUAUACAUAUACAUAUAUUUAUAUAUUUGUUAUAAUAAUCCAAUGCCGUAAAUCACAAGUGAAUGGAGUGCAAAGUGAAAAAAAUCACUUAUACUAAUUUGUUUCAAAUAGUUUGAAAACAACUGUGCUGAAUUCCAAAUAAUUUCAAAUCAAGUGCCAGCCAGGCAUUAUAAAGUGAAAAUUGUGCAAACAAAAGAGCAAAAAUUGUGAAAAUUAAUUGAAAGUUUGUGAAAAAAAAGUGGUGUAUCACAUUCAAAAUAUAGCGGGCUGUUGCCGCCCCACAGCUUAAUUGCCCAUUCAUCAAAAAUUUUACCGCUCCGCUCAACUAGUUUAUUAGCGCUCGCGAUUACAAAUUGCAGUAGUGCAGCAGCAACGCCCAAAGCGCUCACAUAAAUACUGUACAUUUCACCGAAUUGAAAGACGCGUCUCUAGCGCUGCCCUAUAUCCGCGUGCAAAUACUUACGCGAGCGUUAUCGUCUGCCAGCAACAGAUAAAAAGAUAACAGCCAGUGCAACCAGAAAGACAGACAACAGCGAAAUUAUUAGUGCGGCGAAUAUGUUGUCGCCAGCACAAUUCCAAACCCCAUCGCAAACAUCAAAAACAACAACACCAAUAAAAGCAUUCACAACGUCAUCACUGUCGUUGCCAUCAACGUUAGCGCGCGAAUUGCUGUUGUGGUAGUCUACGGCGCUGUCGUAAAUUGCCUGCAUUUGACAGUCAUUUUCGUUAUAAAAGCUUGCAAUAGCAACAAAAAGAGCAGCAGUAUCGCGCUUAGUGACAAAUUUCAGACAACAUUUGCAACAAAAAUAACUGCUUUCAAGCAAAAAACAAAAAAAAAACACAAUAAAUAGCAACAAGCGCCUUUUAACUUAGUCGUAUUUUGUUGGUUUUGCUGCCAUUUAUGAAUUAGUGCAACGUUCACAUAUAAAUAGUUGUUGCUGCUGCAUAUACAUUUCCACGUUUAUAUUUUAAGUGACGCCUUGCGCCGCCCAGUUGCACACGCCAACAGCCACUGCUCACUGGUGAACGCACGCAGAACCGCGUCAGCAGCCGGUGCCACCGUUUUUCUUGGCAAUCAUAAAAAUUUUCUCGUCGACAACGUGCAGAAAUUUCAAAUUGAAAUUAUGCCAAAACAACAGCCACAAUACCACCACCACCACCAUCUUCAACAACAUCAACAACACAUUCACCAUCAGCAGCACAAUCACACAACGACACAUCAUGGCGAGUAUCCACUGCCAGAUGGUUGGGACAUCGCCACCGAUUUCGAUGGGAAAACCUACUACAUCGAUCAUAAUACGAAGAAGACAACGUGGCUGGAUCCGCGCGAUCGUUACACCAAACCACAGUCGUUCGAAGAUUGUGUCGGCGAUGAGCUACCCCAUGGCUGGGAAGAAGCCUACGAUCCACAUAUAGGGCGCUACUAUAUCAAUCACAUAGAACAAUCGACACAGCUAGAGGAUCCGCGCCAAGAAUGGAAGAGCGUACAGGAGCAAAUGCUGAGCGAUUACCUGUCGGCCGCACAAGAUCAAUUGGAAAACAAGCGUGAACUGUAUGAUAUUAAGAAGCAGCGUUUGCAGAUAGCGCAGGAAGAGUAUAAUCAGCUGAAUAAAUUGGCGACCAGCAGAAGUAGUUUGUGUUCCUCUUCGAGCUCAAUGAGUCGACACGAUCCUGAUUUGUUGCGCGCCGAAGUCGCCUCAUCGUGGGAGCGUGUACGUCUGUUGCGGCAGGAACUGAAGCACAUCACACAUGAUAUUACGCAUACCCAGCGUGGUAUGAAUACGCUGUAUUCAGUGGGCGAGAAGAUCAAUGCACGACAGAAUGGUUGCUAUGACAUCGCGGAAGUACAGGCCAUACGCGAGGAGAUGCUGAAGGUGCACAAGUCGCUGGUGUCGGGUGAGAAGGUGCGCGAAGAGCUAAUGCGCAGUUUGGUAGAGAUUAAGAAUGAGCUAAGUCGGCAACAGAUAAACGAUGAGAAUGCUGAGCUGAUGAAUGCUGCCUCACCGUUUGAUCGUGUUUGUGUUGCAUCGCAGACGGAUCUGUGUGGUGCCGGCGAUAUGAAUAGUGGAGCACGUUUUGCCGAGAUGGCCAAGACGAAGUUGCAAUACUCCGAAUGGCGUAAGCACAUUAAAAAACUGCAACAGCAGUUGGUGGAUCAUGUGGAACGUAUCGACCCCGGCCAGUUGGAGUCGGAUAAGGAUCGCAUUUUAUUAAUACAGGAAAAGGAGAAACUACUGACCGAUUUGAAUAGCAUUUCAAUGGAAUCGCGUCCACACGAAGAGGUGCACGUCAUACAGCAAACACGCCGUAAACUAGAGGAAGAUCUGAAAGAGGCGUAUGAGGCUACAAAUCAAUGCAUAGCAAAACGUCUGCGUUUCCACGAAGAAAAGCAACUGUUGGUUGGCGAGUUGCAGGAAGCGCUCAAAUCUACAAAGAAACUAGAAGAACGCCUCAAGUCAUUCUCAUCGGAGAGCACAUUCUCUAUUAGCAGUGGUUCUAGUCUGGGUUCAUUGUCGACGGCGAGCAGCAAGAGCGCGCUCAGCUUUACCGACAUCUACAUCGAUCCCUUCGCGGUUGAUUCGCAAAUUGAUGUAAUCGAUUUGCAGCGUCGCUCACAGCGUUUCUACCAACAGCAACAACUGCAAGCCGCACAGGCCCAGUUACAGAUACAACAACAGCACCAGCAACAACAACACCAGUCACAAGUGCAUACAAUUGCGCAUGCACAUCCACAGCUACAACAGCAACCCUCAUCAGAGUUGUCGCUGUCUCCGCGUAGCAGUCUCUCUAUGGAAACACCACCCGCCUCGCCUAUGAAAUACAAUGCCAAUACCGAUCAAGUAGCGAUCACUAGCCAGCGGCUCAAGGAGGAGCCUACCUAUGCCAACACACCUGCAGGCGCCGCUUUGCCGCCGCUGUAUGAGCCAAAUUCAGCAUUGGCUGCUGCAAUGGCACGUACACAUGCACAAGACCUGGACUCAACACUGCUGGAUUGCAUGGUAUUGGAGGCCAAACUGCAAAAACUUAACUUAUCCGCACCACUUAACCUGCCCGCUGCGCCGUUGUCGCCAAUUUCCGAAAAGCCAUCUUUGCUGGAUCUGCCGCAAGAGAUGCUCAGCCGUUCGUCAUCAUCUUCGAAUACACGUUCCGUAUCCGCGGCGGUAAGCAAUGAAUCAGUCGCUGGCGACUCUGGCGUUUUUGAAGCUUCGCGCGCACAUUUCCCGCGCAAAGAGUUGGCGCAAGUGCAGAUCGGGCUGAAAUAUUUGAAGGAUAAGGGUGUACUAGUCGUAUCGCUGGAACGUGCGAACAAUCUCUCAGCGCUGUGGACUGCGACCGCGGACAAUUCACAAGUUUAUUUACGCGCCGCUUUGUUGCCCAACUCGCUUACUUCGAUUCGCACAAAAGCCAUGUCGGACUUCCAGAAACCUGUCUUCAGUGACACCUUUGCCGUGCCCAUAACGCUCAGCAAAUUGCAGACGAAGAGUUUACAGGUGACUGUGGUCAGCAUGACCGGCCAAAAAGAAGAGAUCAUCGGCACAGUACAGAUCAGCAUGGCCGAAUUCAACGCCGACGAUUCCACACUCAAGUGGUACAACGUGCUCAGCUCCAAAUUUAUGCCAACAUUUGAACCACUAGAUAUGCCUUCAACGAGCGCGGCCGCCGCUGCCGCUGCUGGUGUUGCUCCUGCAGCCACUGCUCCUGCGGCUGCAACAACACAUGUGUCCGCAUCCAAUUCUGUCGCCACAAAUGCACCAAAUGUCGCCAAAGAAGAGUCAUCGGAUGAAUCAACAAUUACCUCGUCACAAACCUCAACGCUGACACGCAAUCAAGUGCCGCCCUUCGAGAUGCAGGCACAAAUCACCGAAGAAAUAGAACAACUGAGUGUAAACGACGAAGAUGAUGAAGAUGAAGGGGAUGAUGAUGAUGACGACGAUGACGACAAUGAGUUGAAGGAACUGACAGCUGCUGACUUCACAAAGAAAAUGCUGGAGGCCUACAAUUGCAUCGAUCUGAUUAAGCAAGAAUAUGCGGACAAAGAGACUAACACCGAGUGCGCAUUUGCUCCCGAAAAAUUGCGUGCUGCACAACAGCAACAGCAAAUGGCCGACGAUAGGCCCGUAAAACGAUCGCAGACAUUCACACCCUCAGCGGCAGUCAAUAAAAAUCGUUACAUCUGCCGACUUAACCGCUCCGAUUCGGAUUCGGCAAUGCAUUUCGGCGUGACGCCGCAUCCCUUCCAUCGCGGUGCUGUCGAGCGACGUUCGCUGCGCUUCCACACCAAAGCGCCGAAGCAAGUGACGAAACUUCGUCAUACACAUAUACCGAGGACCAGUUUAGACUUGGAGCUGGAUCUGCAAGCGCAGCAUAGCAAAUUAGAUUUCUUAAAUGAUCAAAUUGCCAAAUUACAGAACUUAAAGCAAGUUCUGGAGAAGGGCCGUGAUAAUCGCGAUCCCUUAAUUGCCGCCUGGGCGAUUGAGAAUGAGGAGUUCCAACGCUUGGUCGAGCGUGCUGAUCCGGCCAAAUGCCCUGAGGAGAAGCAAUUGCAUAAGCUUUUGAUGAAAACUGCCAAAGAAAUUCACAAGCUGCGCAAAACCAAGGUGCCGAAAGGAUCACCCGAUUUGUUGUCGUUCAAAGAGAAAAUGACCUUCUUCACACGUAAGGGCCUACCAGUGCCAGACUUACCAGAUCGCGCCGACUUCGUAUUGCCCGAUGCCGAUCUGAUUGAAGAGGAAGAUGAAGAGGAGGACGACGAGGAGGAUAAGGCACGCGAAACCGCGAUCGCUAUCAAUACAGCGCUUGUGGCCAGCAAUAAUCGAAAUAAAAAUCUCAGUGAGAAUCAUUUGGGCAUCACAGUCAGUCGUCGGGAAUUAAACGCAGCUAAGAGCACCGCAGCUGCGGCCGCAGCAGCAGCGGAGGCAGCUGCAAAAAUGAACGCAGCCAACGCGAACGUAUCAACGCCGAGCACAAGUGACUCAGCUGCAAAGGCGCUCGUAAGUAAUAAGAACAGCAAUGGCGAGCAAACGGACGAGCGCUAUGACUAUGUGGUCGAUCGCAAUUACGGUGUGGAAGUUUAAAACCACACAUCGCUGCUUAACUGUAUAGGUUGUAAGUGUAUAUAUUUUUUUGUUUUUAACUAAGAGAUAACACAACAAGAAGAAACAAAUAUUGUGCCUUACUCGUAGUUUUUUCAAAGUUUAAAGGAUGUCACGGAAAUGGAAAAGAUAUCUUUUAGCUUUUUUAAAUUAGUUACUAAAGUAAUUUGCUGUACAAAAUUUAGUAUUUGCAUAUUAGCAAAAGAAAAUAUAUAUAUUAUAUUAUGAAUAUAGUUUUAAGUCGCCGAAAAGGCCUACAACUGGCACGCGCACGCUGGCGUUGGUACUAAAAUUUUAUAAAAUAUUUUUUUAAAUUGAAUUUGGACCUGAAUGGGUUAUCACACACCCAAGAAUUUAUUGAUUGAAUUGUAACUGAGCUAUAAUAUAAUAGAUUUUUUUGCAGACCAGCGAAAAUAGCUAAAACACAAACAAAAAACCAAAAUUGGCCGCGACUUGUCGUAGCGUUCUAAGUUGUAACUAAUUAUACAAAUGUAAUAUAGUUAAGCCGAAGCUCGUGUAAAUUCUACAAGCGAAAAAUUUAUCGCAUGCGAUUUUUUGCUAAAAUAUUUACAUUAUUUCUUAUUUAUUAAAUUUUUUUAUACAUUAUUAUAUUUUAAUAUAUUGGAAGGCUUGCGUUUUUGUUGAGCUCGAUUUUAUAAUGUUUUGUUGUAAUUUAUAUUGAAUGAUGGCAAUCCACAUAAUUAUUAUUAGUAGUUACUAUAAAAAUAUUACAUAUUAAAACAUGAUUUACAUACAUUUAAAUAUUUAUACACAAUUUGGCAAAUUAUUUAAAUAAUUAGAUAUAAAUAUUUUUACUUGAAAACUGCAAAAAGGUUAGAAUUUGUGCAAGGAAGAGAAAAACAUAUUAUUCUUGUUAAGUCUGCCAGAAUUAGUUACAAUUUGAGUUUGCAAGCAAUCUAGCUGAGGAGCAAAUAUUUUGUUGUUUUAGUUUUAGAUUAUAUUUAAAAAAAAAGUGUGCAUAUAUAAUAACUGUAAAUAUAAGUGUAGAAAAGGCAAGUGAAAUGAAUAUAAAAUAGGCUGGAACGCAUAUAAUAUAUAUAUAUAUGAUAUUGAAAAAUUGCAACUUUCUGUUAGUCAAAAAUAAAAUGAUUUCCAAAUCGUGUUUUGUUGCUCAGCUGAGUUGUUGUGUUUGGUUUGCUCUUUGCCUGAUUUGAAUUUGCGUUUAUUUGUUUUGAACUCUUGUGAAAUUGUAAAUCUAGUUUAAGUGUAAUGUUUAUCUUUUUAAUUUUUGGUGGACUUUAUGCUUGUGUGUUGAAUCGUUUCGAUUUGAAGAAUAUUUACCAAUGUAUGUAUAUUGUUUGAUUCAUAAGCUAUUUUAUCUAAAGUGGGUUAAUAUAUUAAGUGAAAAUGUAUGUAUGUUUGUAAUUUAGCGAAUGAAAAACUAAAAAAAAAAACAAUAAAAGUAAUAUUAACAAUAAAAAAAUGAAAAAAAAUAUGUGACUAAUAUAUAUAAUGGGAGUGCUUUGUAUAGUGUAAAGUGCUAAUGGCACUUUACGUUCAUAACUAAAUUUAGUUUAAUCGUAAACUGUUAUUCUAACUAAUUCUAUUAAACUCUCUCAUUUAUUAGAUUAACUACCCACAAAUUAUUACUCAAAUAAUUAAAUAAUAAAAAUAAACAAAUUUAGUAAUGUACAUUGUACGAGUAUUUGUGCAAUAAACCAAAAUGAAAUUGAAAAAA